CGGCGAGCGCGUCGAAACCCCUUUUCUCGCGCCGAUUUUGCGCGCCGGGCGAAUUAGAGACGUUCAAUUUGUCGCUGCGCGAUUACCGAAAAUAAUAGUACGACUGCGGGGUUGGGAUGACGACGGAUUGCUGAACUUCGAUGGAAAUACGAGAUAUCCACGGACUGAGUUUUUCAAACGCAGACAGUGAUACAGUAAAGACGUUUAUGCAAGUGGGACAUUGUGAAGAUCGAUCGUGGUGUUUCCGAAUCGAGUGCUAUGAGCCGAUCACGACUGCCGGCGCGUCCCGUAGACCGCGGCGAAAAGAGAGCGCCGCGUCCGUGUCUCCAUCAAGCGUAAUCCCGUAGAAGCGGGCCACGAGACGAAGUCGGAAGAAGCGAGGCAGGGAGAAUGCUGGAGCUGGUCGAGCGAAAGAGCUCGUGGCCGAAGGCGCCGUCGUCGCCGUCGAGCCGAAAUCGUCGCGGCGACAAUGCGGGCGGCAACCACGCCGCCAGCAAUCUCGUCGCGGUGGCGCGGAGCAAGGCACUACUUGGCCCAUCGUGGGCCGCGCGAACCAGCCGCGGCCUGCUCUGCUCGCUCGGCAACAGUGACGAUUAUUACAGCUCCCACACCCUCGGCACUUGGAAGUUCCAUCGUGUCUCGCGCCAGCAGCAGCAGCAGCAGCAACGGCAACCACAGCGCAGCCAUGAGGGUAUGAGCGCUGGCGGCGAUGGCAGCGGCGACGGUGGUCUCGGCGGGGUACAAGGAGGCAGAAACACACCACCCCAUGGAUCGCCCACCCCCAUGGACAAAGCCACCCUUAAGGUUCAUCUCCCUAAUGGUGGAUUCAACGUAGUUAAAUUCGGUGAUGCGAUCGACGUGAAAGGCAUCAUAUCAUUGGUCACCAGCAGACUGGCGGCUGGGACGAGGCACUACAGAAACCUUUACGCCAUGAGGCUGCAUCAUCCUGGCUCCGGCGAGAGCUACUGGUUACAUCAGGACACGACGAUGUAUCAGGUUCAAGAGAAGUAUGAGAAAAAACAUCCGCACAGCGAAUGGAGGUACGAAUUGAGGGUUCGAUAUUUGCCGCAAAAUCUGAACGACCUGCACGAAAAGGACAAAGUCACAUUUUACUAUUACUACGAUCAAGUAAGAAACGACUAUCUGACUGCGAAUCACGUGGGCUUGGAUCAAGACGUUGCUGUUCAACUGUGCUGCCUAGAAAUAAGAUACUUUUUUAAAGAUAUGCCUCAAAUAGCUUUGGAUAAGAAAAGUAAUUUGGAAUAUUUAGAAAGAGAAGUCGGCUUGCACAAAUUCUUACCUAGGUCGGUCUUGAAUAGCAUGAAACCAAAAGCGCUGCGUAAACUGAUCCAGCAACACUUCAAAAAAGUCGCUGCCCUGUCGGAAAUUGAAUGUAUGUUCAAGUUUUUCGAUCUCCUGCGAUCGCACUACAGGUUCGAUCAAGAAAGAUUUAUUUGCGCGUUAGGAACGAGCUGGUCUAUUCCUGUAGAACUAGUCAUUGGUCCAGAUCUUGGAAUAUCACACAUGGCCCAUCGCGGUGGCACAGUGCCUACGAGAAUGGCCGAGUUCACGCAAAUUCAGGCAAUUCAGACUCUCGUAUCUGACUGCAAAGAGCACGCGAAAGCUUGCAUUAAGCUCAGGGUCGCUGGAGCAACCGAAACUCUCAGUAUUACUUGCUCAAGCCUCGAUCAAGCCGAAAGUCUUGCGGAUUUGAUUGAUGGUUAUUGCAGAUUGAUGACCAACAGCUCUACUUCGCUGUGGAAUAGAAAAGCUGCAUCUUGGAAAAACUUUCCCUGUCCUUGCAAAGAUGCUCAUCCACCUAAAUAUAAGCAGAAAAAUACAGAAAGUCCUGAAAAGAAUCCUGGAAAAACUGGAACAAUUUUGUCUGAAGAUUAUGCUGAAAUUGUUGAUGAAGAAGGGGAUUAUUCUACGCCUGCAACCCGAGAUUAUGAAAUCGUUAGAAAUCAAGUGGAACUAGGAGAAAUAAUUGGCGAAGGACAAUUCGGAAACGUUCACAAAGGUUCUUAUAAAGGACGAGAUGGUCAAGUUAUUCCAGUAGCUGUGAAAACUUGUAAAGUGGAUGCUGACUUGGCUACUUCUGAAAAGUUUCUCGAGGAAGCAUACAUAAUGCAGCAAUUCGAGCACCCACACAUAAUUCGUCUUAUCGGCGUGUGCUCGGAGGCACCAAUCUGGUUGGUGAUGGAGCUUGCAAAGCUUGGCGAGAUGCGUGCCUACCUGCAGUCAAAUAAAAACAAACUUGAUCUCGCCACUCUACUGCUCUACACCUUUCAAUUGAGCACCGCUUUGUCAUACCUCGAGAGUAAAAAGUUCGUACAUCGCGACAUCGCAGCUCGCAAUGUCCUUGUCUCAGCGCAUAACUGUGUCAAGCUAGCUGAUUUUGGUUUGAGCCGGUGGGUCGAGGAUCAAAGUUACUACACUGCCAGCAAGUGUAAACUUCCUAUCAAAUGGAUGGCCCCGGAGAGUAUCAAUUUCCGCAGAUUUACCACCUCGUCUGAUGUUUGGAUGUUUGGUGUAUGUAUGUGGGAAAUUUUGAUGUUUGGCGUUAAGCCAUUUCAAGGAGUCAAAAAUAACGAAGUCAUCGGAAAACUGGAGAACGGAGAGAGAUUAGCUUUACCAAAUAAUUGCCCACCUCGCUUGUACUCUUUGAUGUCUCAGUGCUGGAGCUACGAGCCAAGUAAAAGACCAACAUUCAAAGACAUUCGAGAAAAUUUACAUGAAAUUCUCAUUGAAGAAAGGCAUCAACAACAAGAAAGCGCCCGCAGAGAAAAUCGAAGAGUGCAAGCUAUGUCUUGGGUCGGAGGAGACGAGGUGCAACCAGUAGCAAAACCUGGAGUCCUAAGUCGGCAAGGUUCCAACUCGGCGUCAGAUCAAUCGGAGCUUUCGGCACCCGUGUCAACGUACAUCGUCGCCCAGAAUCCCGAGGUGUUAGCACAGCUGAUGAAGGAGAGCCAAGCAAGAGGGGUAUGUCCCUCGGUGUAUACAACACCCGCGACCCCUUUCAACUCUUUAGCCGUGCAAUUCCAGGACGAGGAUAAAACUCUGACAACCGCGAUCGUAUCCGAUCUCCCGUUUGCCGAGUCUCUAAUACCCACCUCCGAGACACAACCGUCUCUACAAUCUGACUCGACAUUAUCCGAGUCGAAUCUCGACUCCAUUGAGUCGUCCGACACGAUCUCUUCAUUUCUAUCGAAUCUUAGUGUGUCGGAAUGUCAAAACCAAUCGCCUAACGUUGUUCGCAAGCAACAACAACAGAGCCUGUAUCCCGGCUCAAAAGUCAUCGGUGACCUCUAUUCUCCCGUGCAAAAAUUUCCCCAGACUUCGUGCGCUUCGGCUGUCGAAAUUUAUGGCCCUGUCGCGGGCUUCAGUCAGAGCUCCGUUAUCGUCGGCAACCUAAGCCAAAGCCCAUCUUUGGCUGGCAAUUUUGCCGAAGCUUGUUUGUCGGAUCAUGGCCCUUCAAGCUUGCCAACAGAUAUUAAUCAAACAUCUCAGGCGAGUAGCUCAGUUCAGAAGCCGCAGCCAGCGAACAGUAUCUAUCCAGUAAUGUCAUCUUCGUCCACGUCUAUCAACCAGGAAAACUUAUACGGGCCAGUUAUGAAGUUUCGGCCAUCCUACGUGGCUCAGCAGCCACAAGUGAUGUACCCGCAGAAUUACCAUCAGCAGAUUUACUCGAACGUCUCACAAGGCUAUCAACGACAGAACUCUGCUCCAGCAGCCCCAAUCUACACUGUUCAUGCAACGCCUACUUCGGUGGUGCAAGCGCAAAGGAUGCAACAGCAGCAGCAACAGCAGCAGAGCUAUGCUCAUCACCCAGUUGUUCAGACUCAUUACGCUGCACAAAUUAGGCCAGGUGUUAUGCCACAAGUUGGCAAAGUCUUCCAUGCGACUGCUACAGCUGUCACGGCACAGUGCGCUGAGUUGGAAAGCAACGGUGCUGCGGCCAUGUCUCAUAGUCAAGAAUUCAUUAGCGACGAACUCGAACAGAGGAAUGCUAAAUCUCAAAUGAUAGAAAGCACAUGCGAAUUUAAUCCACGAAUCGAGGAUGAACAGAAGCUCUUGGAAAAAAGAUUGCUCGAACAGCAACGCCAAUCUGAAGAAGACAGUCGAUGGCUUGCAAGAGAAGAGAAACGGCUUUCGAUUGCAACGAGUGGUGACGAAAGUGCAAGUCCACCAGUUCCACGAUCAGUCACGGAGUCACCGAUUCACGAACUUCGACAGCAAAGUAAAAAUACCGAUUCUUUGGGUUCUAAUAAAAGUGGUGAUAAAAUUAUAGUCGUGAAGAAAAUGGAACCAACUCCAACGGCAGAUUUAGAUAGAACCAAUGACAAAGUCUACGACUGCACGACAAGUGUCGUUCGAGCUGUGAUGGCACUGUCGCAAGGAGUUCAGCAAAGUCGAGCCGAUCAAUACUUGGAUCUCGUCAGAAAUGUUGGUAUCGAGUUGCGAGCACUUUUGUCUUCAGUCGAUUCGCUCGUCGAAAUUUUGCCUGCCACAGCUCAUCGAGAAGUCGAGAUGGCUCACAAAGUACUGAGCAAGGACAUGGCUGAACUAAUAACCGCCAUGAAACUUGCGCAGAGUUAUAGUGCUACAACUUUGGACGCUGAGUAUCGCAAGGGUAUGCUAUCGGCAGCACAUAUUCUUGCGAUGGACGCCAAGAAUCUGUUGGAUGUUAUAGAUUCCGUUAGAAUUCGUUUUCCUUAUGUCGAUAGUCAGAUUUGUCAAAAACAUAACGAAAUGUUGAAUUCAAGAAAUUCUGGUCAAGAAUGCUGUUUGCGCUCAAGCCAGUCUGGUGAAACAUUGCUCAGGAGAAGUCAGUCCACUGACAGACAUACUCCUGGUUUUAGACAAAGCCAAAGUGGAGACCUUUUACAUAGGAUGGGGCAGUCUGUUGAUAGAGGAUCUCAAGGCCAGAUAGAUGGAAAUGGCAUGUCAAGUUUGGAACGACGGCACCACAUGGUUAACAGUCUUGAAAGGAAUUCAACCACAAGGCGGCAAAUGACUACGAGCAGCUUAGAACGUAAACGGCCGUCGUUGUCUUAUGGUACUGGCAACUCUAUAAAUCUUCCACCGGUCGUUCCGGUUACUUGUAGUAUAAUUCAAACAAAGACGCCGAUUAUUCAUCAGCAACAUCAAACUUCUUUGUCAUCUGAUAUCGGCCAAAACUCGAUAUUCAAAAAUAACAUUGGAAAAGAAAUUCAACCGAAUAAUAGCUAACAAUAAGGCGAUAAUUAUAUAUCAAGUUAAACGAUUGUUGAACUUUUUGGACAACAUUGAAAACGGUGUAAAACUUUUGAUCGGUACUUUUUUUAUGUUUUUAAGAUAAAUACAAAAUAUUGUAGAUACAUUUGAAAUUUUUUAGAAGUUGUUUAGCUUUCGAAACUGUAACUGAGAUAUUGUUGGCAAAAAAUUACUUAAAAUGGCAUCAUAAGAUGAAUUUUGUUAUCAAGCAAUUCUUUCUGUUACGAGACGUAUAUAUUACAAAUUCUAAAAUGUCACUUGUUUUGAAAACGUAGUUCAUUGUAUCUAUAUUUUUAAAAUAUACGUUGUUAAUAAUUAUUUAUGUUAUUUAAGUUUAUAAUCGUACUGCAUUUCGUAUCAUUUAUUAAAAAGCGAUGUAAAUAUUUCGUAACAGGCAAAAAGUUACCUGUCGCAAUAUCUUCAAAGAGGAAAUGUUAUGCAAUCUUUUCGCAACAGCUUGUUGGACAUUAUUCGCAAUUUUUUUUCAAAUAUUUCUUUUUGAGUUUUAUUUCUAUAAAUGGAAAAAAAUCGUACUUAUACAUAGGACAGUAUUUAGUAGAAAUAGUUAAAACGAUGAAUAUAUAUAAUAAGUUAAGUCAAGAAUAUUACGUCACAAUCGCAACUCCAAAGCUAUAGAAUUAUCGUUGCGAUAUAUUUGUUGAUAAGUUAUGUAAAGCGACUUCAAUUACUAGGUGACACUUGCAUUUGUUUAUGUUAAUCUAAUUCAAUUUCUUCUGCAUAGGAACGAUGUUGAUUUUUUAUUUUCCAUCAAUACUUAUUAAAUCAUGCCUAAAAUGAAACAUUAAUAAUCAUUCGAAUCCGUAAGUGAUCCACUAUUCGUCGUCCUGCCAGAUGGCUUUCAAACGUUUAAAUAAAUAAAAUAACUUUCUCAUAAAAAAGAGAGCACUGCAAUAACAUUAAUUAUCUUGCACAAAUAAGUCACCUUAAAGUCAUUGGUAGUCAGUUGAAUAUUGAUACAUGAACGAAAUGAUAUUGUAUAAAAGGAGAAAAGAAAGUUUUCGCAUCAGAGAUGCCACGGUCGAAAUUUAGUUUUUGAAAUAGUAUAUAAUCGAUGAUACGUAGACCGGAUUGUUUUUGAAAAAAAUUGAGUUCGUUCGUAAAUAGUUUAGCUCCUAUUUGUGUAUUUCUAGGUACACAUAAAUAUGAUUUAAACAUACUAUAAAAGAAAUAAAUAUUACAAAUAUGCGCUGUGCAAAAACAUAUUAUAUACGAUGGUGUAAAGAGUGCGACUGAAUGUUCUUUCUACUUAAGCAAUUAAUUAGCAAUUUGUAACAGGCUUGUGACGUUUAUAUGGGAUGUUUUAUAUAAAGUAUGGAAUGCUGCAAAAAACAAAUAAAUAAUAGACGCGAUGAUCCUUCUCGGUGGUAGGUGUCAGUUCCUAUAAAGACACGCAUUUUAUAAGUUUUCAUCCCCCGCCCUCGGACAAAUUAUAUAACUUUAGCUCAUAUAUUAGAAUCAUAAAAUGCUUUAUCCGUAAAGUUCGCGUAAAGCAAUAUUUUUUGUCAAAAAUGAGAGACAGCUAUAUAUUCCUUUAAAAAAAGUAAAUAUUAAUGGGCGCUUGACACUCCAACUCAUAAUUAAUUCAGCACAUAUUUAAACAGAUAGCUGUGUUAAAAAAGUUACUCGAAGUACAACACUAUUAAUGAACCAAAAUACUAUUGAUUAAUACAUAGGAACAUAACUUCUAUAGAUGUAUUGUAACAUUUACAAUCAUUUUGAAGCACUAAAAAAGGAAAUUAAAUUAUAUAACAUUUAUAAUGAAACAAUUGCUUAAACCAAUAUGAAUUAAUAAAAUUUAAAUUAUUGUCAUCUCGUUUAAAGGUAUUUGUAAAUUUGUGUAAAUGUAAUGAUGUAUUAUUGUAACAAUUAUUAAUUAUAUUAUG